AUAAAUUACCAUAUAGCAUAUAUUUAACACAAAAAAUAGCGACAAUUUGUUGUUGACAAAGGACAGCUGGACAUACAAAGGGUCCCAUUAUCUUCAGUAGCUUAGGGCCUCAUCAAACCAAAAUCCGGCCCUGGCCUAAGGAUACAACCAUAGUGUAGGCGCAUGACCUAGGGCAGGGGUGGCCAACUCCCAAGAGACUGCGAUCUACUCACAGGGUUAAAAACUGGCAGUGAUCUACCCCCUUUUGGGGGGUUCAGGUCAAAGUUGUUGAGUUUUUCCAGGGAGGAGGUAAAAUGUUGAGCUUUUUUUUAGGGGAGCCACAGUUGUUCAGCUUCUUUGGGGGGAGCCAAUGAUCUACCAGUGAUCUACUGCAGAUGUCCAGUGAUCUACUGGUAGAUCACAAUCUACCUGUUGGACAUGCCUGACCUAGGGGUAAGGUUCAGGGAAGGGCCUUCUGAGUAAACAUGCAUAGCAUUGCGCCAGUACCCCACCCUGUCGUACAGUUAAACAUGUCACGUCUUUUCAGUGUGUACAAAGCACCCGUCCCUUUUUAUCCCCCCUGCCGUAUACAUGAAAUUUCUAAUGCUUGUUGGGGAAAAACCCCACCUUUUCACCCAUGAGUGUGCAUUGAAAAUAUGAGGGCAAAUUAUGAAUUAUUUUAUCACUGUUUCAAGUCUUUUGAUUGUGGAGAUAUCAGGAUGAUUAUUCAUCUGUGUUCUUGUGUAUAUAGUAUUGCUGGCAUCGUUUAAAUUAGUAUACACAAAAAUGCAUUGAGCAUGUGGGAAAUUCUCUUUUAAUGACAGUGAGUUCAACAGAAGUGGUUAAUGGGAUGUUAAGUGCUUUAGUGCUUUGCUUUGUUGUGAUUUUAUGGAUUUUCUUCUGCAUGAUCUAAGAAGCUUGAAGCCCUCCAUUGGAAUGGAAAGAUCCAUUUAACAAAAUCAUGUUGUCUGAAAAUCAACUGCCAGUGGAUUUGUUUUCAUGGAAUGAGUAGUAUCAUUUUUUAAACUCUAAAUGGGUCUUGUUUUGUAUCAUCCAUAUUUACAUAGAAGAAGGGUAAAAUACAAGUUGUUAUGGUUCCAUUCGUCAUAUAAAGAACACAUAUUUGAUGUAAAAGCUGUUUGUGACACCUGGAAAACGUAGCAUACUGGCGAUUGGGAAGAUAAUUUAAGAAAGAACAAGGAUUACAAAAGAGAAGUGACUGUGGCUGUAUAGAAGUCUGGCAUAUGAAGAUGGAGCUUGACAUUACCAAAGAUGAUUUGCCCUUAAUGGCAAAUACUAGCCACAUGCUGGUAAGGCAUUAUGUGUUGGAUCUGGAUGUGGACUUAAAAAGCCAUGUAAUUGGUGGCACUAUAGUUCUGUUCUUUGACACUGACAGCAGAUGCAGAAAAGGAGACAGUGAACAGGUGGAAGAAGCUUGUCAUUCUCAGUCAGAUGGAACCUGCUGUAUUCAGGCACCUGAAGCCUGCUACGUUCCUGUGCCAAAUGCAAGUGCUUGCUCAACUAAAAGUGGAUGUAAUGAUUUUGCUGUCUGUGGUAAAGGUGAAAAUGAUACUUCUGAUAAAAACGGUAGUCAUGGCAACAAGGAACUGGCUUCUGGGAUUUCUAGUUCAAAGAACUGCUGUGACAUUGAGAUUCAUGGGAGUGAAGAUUUUUUGCUGGUCCUGGACUGCUGUGAUUUAUCUGUGUUAAAGGUCGAAGAGGUAGAUGUUGCUGUAGUUCCAGGCAUUGAGAAAUUUACCAGCUCUGCCAAGUUAAUGGAUGCUUCCAAGGAUCCAGGGGAUCUUAGAAAUCAGAUUGUGCAUAAACUUGUGACAUUACCUGCAGAUCAUUGGAAGGAGCAGCUUCAGUUUUACAGACUGUGCAGCCAGGCACCUGCUUGUGGAGAGCUUCUGUUUGUUACUGGCACUUGGAGCUUGGAGAUCAGGAAAGCAGGUGUCCAGCUGCCAAAAGACUUCCCUCAUGCCAUAAGGAUAUGUUACAAAACAAAGCCAGAAGGAAAAUCACUGAGCUGGACUACAGACCAAUGUGACAGGCCAUGUGUUUAUACAGCGGGGUCUCCAAUAAACAACAGGGCCCUUUUUCCAUGCCAAGAACCGCCUGUUGCCAUGUCAACAUGGCAAGCUACAGUCCGAGCAGAUGCAUGCUUUGUUGUUUUAAUGAGUGGUGAAAAUGUAGCGGAACCAACAGAAUCUGAAGAAGGUGUAUUAAAUUGGUUUUAUUAUGUGACCAUGCCAAUGCCAGCAUCUACAUUCACUAUUGCUGCAGGAUGCUGGGCAGAAGUUAAAAGAAAAACUUGCGCAACUGAUGUUCAGAGGAAUGAUGGGCUCUUUCCACUGUUGUCAAAGGCGGAUGUCAGGUUGUUAGAACAGACUUGUGGUCAUCUGCCAUAUCCUUGCCGCUUCCAAGAUCCUGCUGCCACUUCUCAGGUGGUCAUUCCUCAUCGUGUCUUUGCUCCUCAGUGCCUUAAGAAAUCCUGCGAAGAGGUUCUACUGCAACUGAUUCCUCAGUGUCUCUCAGCUGCUUAUGAUCUCCUGGGUACCCAUCCCUUUUCUAGGCUUGAUGUCUUGAUUGUUCCACCCAACUUUUCCAGUCUUGGAAUGGCCAGCCCACACAUCAUCUUCAUGUCACAGAGCACAUUAUCUGGAGGGAGCCAUCUCUGUGGAACACGCCUGUGCCAUGAAAUUGCUCAUGCCUGGUUUGGCUUGGCUAUUGGUGCACGUGACUGGACUGAAGAGUGGCUAAGUGAAGGAUUUGCCACUCACCUGGAAGAUGCAUUUUGGUCAGCCGCACAACAGCUGUCAGCUGAUGAAGCAAAAGAGCAGCAAGAUCUGAAAGCUGUACUGCGCUGGCGACGCCUUAGAGAUGAGGUGCAGAACUCUGAAGGAGAUCUGCAAGUAUUAAGGCCCAAGAAAGAGAACACUGGCGAAGCAAGUGAAUCUGGAGCAUCUGUAAUCAAACAUGGCCUGAAUGCAGAAAAAGUGUUCAUGCAGGUUCAUUACCUGAAGGGUUAUUUCCUUCUGCGGUCAUUUGCAGGGAAGGCUGGAGAAGCUGCAUACUUUGCCUUUUUAAAGAACUUUGUGCGGGCUUUUCAUGGACAGCUGAUCCUCUCUCAGGACUUUCUUCAUUUAUUACUGAGCGACAUCCCACAGCUAAAACGGUAUGGCCUGUCAGUUGAAAACAUUUUCCAGAAGUGGCUUGACUGCACAGGAAUCCCAAAGCCUUUGCUGGAAGAGAGUCAGGCUUGGCAGGAUUGUCGGCUAGCCCAGCAAGUGAACGAAGAGGUUGCAAAAUGGAUUCAAGUAAAUCAGAGAGCCAGAAAAAGCAGCAAAAGGAAAAGGCGAUGCGAAGAAGUUGGUUUCCAAAAGCUUUCCCCAGACCAGCUGGUCUUACUUCUGGAGUGCCUCUUGGAAAAGAAGACAUUAUGUUCAAAAAUGCUGGAGUGCUUACAGAAAACUUACCACCUCCGUAAGCAGGAUGCAGAGGUUCGACAUCGAUGGUGUGAGCUUAUUAUCAAACAUAAAUACACAGCAGGGUAUGUUGAUGUUGAGAAAUUCCUCAAGGAAGACCAGGCAAUGGGUGUCUACCUAUAUGGAGAGUUAAUGGUGAAUGAGGAUGCAAAACAACAAGAAAUUGCACGUAAAAGUUUUGCCACAGCCCGUGACCAAAUGGAUGCGUCCUCCGCUAAAGUAGUGGCAGAGAUGUUGUUUUGAUGAGGUGGUUUUUCUUUCCCAGAUAGUUCAUUUCUCAAGGGAAGAAAAUAGUUUAUGAAUGAGAAAGAUCAGAGACUUUUAAUGUAUCUUCUAGCAAAGGCUGGUGGUACUAAGAUUUCAUUGACCUUGGACAUCAAAGGAACAAUUUAUGUGACUGCUAAAACAAUCAGCUGACAAACAUUUUACCCCAUACUUUUCUUUGCUAGAGGGUAAUGGCAAUGAAGCAGGAAAAAACUCCAAUAUGCCCUCACUUCUGUAAGUGUCUGUGGCGCCAACUUAUUAUCUGCCAGAAGACACUUCAUUGUAAUAGUUAUCAUGGGGUAUUAUACAAACCAGGCCAGAAAAUCACCAGAGACAGAUUUAUUUAAAUAGGUAUUUUGUACUACUUUUGCAUUUAGCAAACUGAUAAUUAAAAUCUGCUGCAAAAUUUAAAGUCAGUUUGGAGCAAGCAAGUAAUUACUAAUCUAAAUUGUUAAUAUUGAGAUUGUGGACAUUUUUAUCAUGUUUAGCACAGCUACAGGGAAAAAUAACUAGAUGCAAAAUGGACUCUUAGGGGAUGUUUAAUCUGAAGAAAACUGAAGAGACAAAGAUGUCUGUCUUUCUCAAGGUCUUUUUUAUGGGUAACUUAUUGCCACAAUAUUGUGAGCACACCAUUAAAACUCUUAACCAUGAAAUAGUGACAAGCUGGUCACAUCACUUUGCUAUGAAUGAAGCUAAUCAUGUUACUUAUUAAUCACAGUAGUUGUGGAAGUCCUGUCUUGUAAAAUAAUGGCAAUAAGCUUUAUAAAUAAACAAUUUUGUAAAUCA